AUUUCAGCUGUCCAUGACAAACAUUAAUGAAGACCCUAAAUAAAAGAAAGAAAGAAGGAAAUGCACUGACAAGUGGAUAGGACUACACAGUUUUGCUGAGGACUCUCCAGAAUGUUCCUAUGUCAACAGCACAGAAGCCACUGCAUUCACUGGUUCUGCUGAGUUCCAGAAUUAAAAAUUACAAAGCAGUCCAACACAUUUUCAUCCAGGAGUGUAAAUCAAGAUUGAAUUUCCAAGUCUGGGUCAUCUUCUCUGAUUUUCAUUCUCUGUUCUUGUAUAAAAGAUGUCAAAAAACACAACAGAGAAUUCAAAUUACACUCACUCAGCUCUUCUAGGUUUUUUCCUGUCUAGCAUUUCACUGAUCACUGUUGUAAUGAAUAUAUUAGUAUUAUGUGCUGUGAAAACUGAAAAGAAGCUACAAACAGUUGGCAAUUUAUACAUUGUUAGCCUCUCUAUUGCAGAUCUUAUAGUUGGUGCAGCUGUUAUGCCCCUUAAUAUUGUUUAUCUCUUAAACCAUGCGUGGACUCUGGGCUUAACAGCAUGUUUGUUUUGGCUGUCAAUGGAUUACGUGGCCAGUACUGCAUCUAUUUUCAGUCUCUUCAUUUUAUGCUUAGACCGUUAUCGUUCAGUUCAACAACCGCUGAAAUAUCUCCAGUAUAGAACAAAAAUGAGAGCAUCGCUGGUGAUUUUGGGAGCGUGGUUGCUCUCUUCCUUGUGGGUCAUCCCAAUCCUAUGGUGGCGUGAUUCUGCUAAUGAUGAGAAAAGUAAAGGAAAAGCAAACUGUGAAACUGAAUUCUCUCAUGUCACUUGGUUCAAAGUGUUGACAGCCAUUGUCAAUUUCUAUCUGCCUUCUAUCAUAAUGUUAUGGCUUUACUAUAAAAUAUUCAGGGCUGUUCGAAAGCACUACCAACAACGAGAAGUUGUCAAUGGAUCACACUGCUCUUUCUCUGAAAACAAAAAUGUAAUUCACAGAAAGACAAAGGACACAAAAAUCUUACAUGAAAAUGCACCUCAUAAAGACAAGCAAAUGUCUGAGUGUGAAAGUACAGCAGCAAAACUUCAGUUGACUAAUUCUGGCAAGUCUUCAGUGGCUUUUGUUAGCAGCAGUGACAGCAAAGUGUUUAAAUGUAGUUGUUUGCCUCUCACCACUGCCCAGUCUGAGCCAGAUCUGGAUAAAACAGGAAAGAAGAGUGUGUGUGUAAAAAAGGACAAUAACGAUGAAGAGGACCCUCACUCACAGGACAGUGACUUAAGUGCAGCAUCAGACAGUGACACUUUCUCAGAGAACACACCCUCUGGAGAGCAAUCCAAUCCUAAUCCUGAUAGAGAGUGCAUUCCUCAGGAAAAUACAGAGAACAGGGAUUUCAGAGGACUGACUUGCCUGAGGAAAACCUGGCAAACUCUGCAUACUCGUUCCAAAAGUCAUCUUCGAAAACAGCAUGUGAGCAGGGAGUGGAAAGCAGCCAAGCAGUUAGGGGUCAUAAUGGCAGCCUUUAUCCUGUGCUGGAUUCCCUAUUUUGUGUUAUACAUGGUAACUGUUUUCCAGCACCGUGAACAAUUUUACAAAUUACAUAUGUUCACCAUAUGGCUUGGCUAUCUGAAUUCCACCUUAAAUCCAUUCCUGUAUCCUCUUUGUAAUGAGAAUUUCAAGAAGACAUUCAAAAAGAUCCUUCACAUUCAGUAAUAUCAGACUGGCUUUUUUCUGAGCUAAAAGGCAACACAUAAAAAUCAAUCAAAGGAAAUGUUCCAGUUUCGAAGGCGAAUAUUAUGGAUAAAUUAGAAGGCUUUGGAAAACUACUUAUAAACAAGUGUUAGUAACAGUGGGAUGUGUGCAUACAACAGCUUCAACAUGUUUGAAGAACUAAUUCUUAUCAGGAAUCUAAAAAGCUCAGUAGACAGUCUCAGAACUAUUACACUGUUGCAAAUAUUUUAUGAUUUGAGAUUCUCUCUUUCAUCAUAUAGAAGAAAACUGAAUGUACGAAAAGAGAUCAUCAGGGAUUAUAAGUUAUUCAGCUAUAGAAAAGGCAGAAAGGAAGUACUGUUUCUGUGACCAGUCGAAUGUCUUUUUCUCUUUUAACUUACUGCUUUAAACAGGGAACACACUGCUUGUGAAGAGAGAUCUUCUGCAGAAGGAGGUACUUAGCAUAGUUAAAGAAGAAGCUUCUACUGUUUGAAAAAAAAUCUACCCCAUCUAUUUAUAACUUUGUCCAAAUCAUACACUUUUUUGAAAGUCAUAUUUUAACCGACAGUAUCUAGUUAAUAUCAUGCCUUCUUCAUUUGUGCCAGUACAUUUUAACUUCACUGAAAAAAGUAGUAUUGUUAUGUUGUACACAUUUUGCUAAGACAUUCAGAACUCAAGAUAGGGUUUCUGAACUUAGAGAAUGUAGCUGAUUGUGGCCUAUAUGUAAUUUAUUCUUCCUAUGACUUGGCGAACAGCCUAAGCGUGCAGCAGCAAUGCUAAUGCAUAUCUUUAUGACAGGCAAACUCUUCUUGCUACAGUGAGACAAAAUGCUAAGCAGUAACUCAAGCUUCUAAAAUAGGAAAUAAAAUACACAAAGUAUUUUUACCUUUCCUGUCCUUUACUUAUAUAAGUUGUGCUUUAAACUGUUAAAUAUUUAAGAAGAAACAGAAUGAUAGAAUACUUAUGGUUGGAAGGGGUCUCUAGAAGCCACUUAAAUACAGCCUAUAACUCAAAGCUGUGCUUUCACAGUAUCCUCAUGGACUCAUUUAGAAUUUCACCAAUAUACACGUGGAAAAAGGCUUCCUUUGAAAAAGCUAGAAGUCAGCUUUGACAGGGAGAUUUGCAGGUAAGUUUCACCCUAGGAGCUCAAGUCAUUCCCUUGUUAAGCCAUCAAUUUGACUGUUUCUAAGUAUGAACAGUGCAGUGAAGUAAACCUUACUUUCCAAUCAAAGGAAGAAAACAAUUCCUUAGCAAGAGAGUGCAUAGUCACCUACAUUACAUGAGCUAACUUACCAGGCAGCUGAUGAUUAACAGCACAGUAACAUCAACAUAAACCAAAGUCUGCAGAUUGGGAAGGAAGAUGGAGAAUUUAGACCAAGGAGAUCUCUGGUCCCGUGUGAUCCAAAUAUGUCAAGACAGUACAUUUGUGGUACACAAGUGAAACAUCCAUUUCUAGACUGUGAUGGAACCAAGUGAAAGAAACAUUUUGAGCAAACACUAAAUCUGACCUCUGGUGCAGAAUUGCUAUGGGACUGCCAUUACACUGUCAGUUUUAAGAAGACCAGAACAAGAUAACUUUGCCUGUUGCAGGGGCCUGCUUUGCAGGGGGACUGGAUUCAAUGAUCUCUAGAGGUCCCUUCCAGCCCCUACAAUUCUGUGAUUCUGAGAUUCUGUGAUAUCUUUAGCAGCAGACGUUGUAUUUGUAUAUAAUGACGAACUUCAUUUAUUGGUAAAUUUUCCAUAUGUUUUAGGAAGGGUGACUAGUGAAGCAUCCUGAAAGUUCAGUGUGGAAAGAAUAUAUUCUCAUUGUCAUUUUGCUGUGUUGAUGAAUUUACCACUUUUAGAAUGUUUGUUUGCUUCUGAAAUAGCCGCUAGUUAACUUAACAACAAAGGUCUGACAGAACUGGAGCUGUUUUACCAGAGUGCUGUCAUGAGUUUGGUGGGUAAAGUUAAAUGGAUUUUAUGGAUGAUAUCUUUAUUACAUCAAAAGAGAAAAAUUGUGAUAGUUGCAGGAGUAAUUAUCAAUGUCUGUGUUUCACUGAUCUUGAGAUACUUAGAGUCUUUCUAAGUCUUUCUUUUUCGCCCAUUUUGUAAGUGAGCGUGACAAGACUUAGAAGAACAAUUAACACCAAAGACAUUUGCAUCAUGCUUAUUCUUUUUUGAUACAAUACACUAAAUAAAUGCAAAGUAUUAUUAUCCUUUCUGUUUUAUAUCUGUUAAUUAAAUGCCUGAAUGUCAAUAGGUGUUUUAAAAGUAAAUGAAGGCCUAGUAUCUCUGUAGUUUUCUAAGUGGUUAGCUUGGUAUUUGGAAAAAUGCACUAAAUUAAUUAGCAUAGUCUAGUGUAUCAAACAAGGUUCAGAGAUUGGUUAAAUUUGAUCUUAAGUAGUAUUUAGGAAUGGCUGCAAUCAGACAACCCCACUGUAGAAAAAAAACUAUGCCAAAAUAUACAGAUAGAUAGAAUAUACAACUAGUAACAUUCAUUCAGAAAUUAUGGCAAUGUUUGCACUGCAGGAACAGUGUCUGUGCAAGUAACAAAACAAACCUUCUUUUAGACUGCAGAGCAGCAAAUAUUGAAACACACAGUUAUUCUGGUAUGAUUAAAAACUAUUCAAGUACAAAAGAGCUGAAAAUAAAUAAAUAACCUGCCUGGA